AUGAAGCUCACCAACCCAAACGACGUGCCCGUCUACACGAUCUCCGGUGCUUCAACAGCCCGACCCUUGCCUGACUGGCUUGCAAGGCAACGCAAGCGCAGUUUGAAAAAUGAUCCCGAAUAUGCGAAUCGAGUCGAGCUGCUUCAGGAUUUCGAGUUUGAAGAGGCAAGUGCCUGUAUAAGGGUCAGUGAGGACGGUGAAUGGGUUAUGAGUACUGGUACAUACAAACCACAAAUACACACCCAUUAUCUACCUCAUCUUUCUCUCUCGUUCGCGCGACAUACCACGACGCUCAACCACUCGUUCAUCCUCCUCUCCUCCGACUACUCCAAAUCUCUGCACUUGCAGACUGAUCGCAAGCUCGAAUUCCACACUCCGGGUGGCUGCCAUUAUGAAACUAGACUCCCACGGUAUGGCCGAGACCUGAUAUACGACAAACAGUCUGCCGAGGCUUUGGUUCCUGCUGUAGGGGUUAAUGCGGAUGGGAGUGGAGAGGUAUACAGAUUGAAUCUCGAAGUGGGACGAUACAUGAAGCCCUACCAAAUUGAUGUUGGCGGCGAUGACAUGACCACUUCGGGAGGGGGCGCGUUACAAGGGGGAAUCAAUACUGGUAGCGUUAAUUGUGCAGCCAUCGCAGAAGACAGCCACAACCUGUUGGCCUUUGGCACAUCGAUUGGAACCGUAGAGUUCUGGGAUCCACGGUCAAAGGCGCGGGUUGGCAUUCUUGCUGGUCAAGAAGGUGAGAUCACAGCCUUAGACUUCGACAGGUCUGGGUUGUCUUUGGCAACUGGGUCUUCCGAGGGAUUAGUCCAGCUUUUCGAUCUUCGACGACCGGUUCCCAUCCUUCACAAAGACCAAGGCUACGGUUAUCCUAUCAAGACACUAAUGCAUAUGACUACCUCCUCACAAGAAAAGAAGAUCCUCUCCGCGGACAAACGAAUUAUCAAGUUAUGGGACGAAGCCGAUGGAAAAGCUUGGACUUCGGUGGAACCUGCAGUCGAUAUAAAUUCAGUUGCUUGGUGUAAACAAAGUGGUAUGAUUCUGACAGCGAACGAGGGUAAGCAACAGCAUGCUUUCUUCAUACCCCAGCUCGGCCCUGCACCUAGAUGGUGCUCAUUUCUGGAUAACAUGGUCGAGGAGAUGGCCGAAGAGGCACCAGCGGAAACCUAUGAUAACUAUAAGUUCUUAACGCUGCCGGAACUGAAAUCUCUCAAUCUUGGCCAUCUUGUCGGCACGACGAAUCUAUUGCGGCCAUACAUGCACGGGUAUUUCGUUGCAUCCAAACUUUACGAGGAAGCUCGACUUAUUGCAAAUCCAUACAUCUUUGACGACGAGAGGACGAAGAGAGUCAAAGAAAAGGUUGAAAAAGAGCGAGCUAGUAGAAUCAGGGGUGGCAAGAAGGUCAAAGUCAACCAAAACUUGGUUGAUAAGAUGCUCAAGAGACAAGAAAGGCGCCAGACAGUUGAUCAGGACAAGGGUGUCUUGGGUGAUGACCGAUUUGGGAAAAUGUUCGAGGAUGAAGAGUUCGCUGUUGAUGAGCGCAGUAGGGAGUUCCAGGCCCUUAAUCCGAGCACAAAGGUUGGGGAAGCUGGCAUGGCCAGACCUUCGAACAUUUCUGGGGAGUCUAGCGAUGAGGUCGACGACGAUGAUGAUGAGAUUGCAAAGGUACGAAAGGAGAAACCGAAGCCAGAGAUGCGUAUUUCAUCGUCCUCGUACAAGAAAUCUGGGCAUCAGAGUCGCGACAAAUCGCUGGGCUCUCGCUCACAGGGGAAUGGCCGUGCCACCAAGAGUCGUGGGGAAGUCGUCGGAGAAAGAUCUGUUAGUUUUGUGCCCAGUGCGGGUAAGAAAGAAAAAGAACAACCAAAGCCAGAAAGGAAAGGCAGGAGGGAUGAUGGCAGACGGAGCGCAAGUGGCAAUGUUUUCAGAAGGCUUUGA